GGUCCUUGCGGAUGAUCGAGCUCGCGUUGCUGCAGUGCCGAAAGAGAAAGGCUGUUGAGGUGGAAGACUUCGAUUUGGCGCACCGGCUGAAGCAGCGCGAGCCGGCGGCCACGCUUCGACUCACAGCAGCCCGCAGAGCAUGCCUUGCCAGCAAGGAUGCACCGGCAGCUGUUAAGGAGGCAGACCAGGAAGAUCGGAAGAGGUUGAGAAGUCCAGAGGAAGAGGAGCUCCAAGCUGUCAAACGACAAAAGCAAGAAGCAGUCGAGCAAGAGGACUUCGCCCGAGCCAGUGAGCUCCGUCGCCGCGAGCUGGAGUUGGAGAGACGCUCGCGGGGCGAUGACGCCCAAGCAGCAGCGGCAGCGCUUCAGCUGCUCGGCGAAGCAUCACCUGAGGACUUGUUGAAGAGCAUUGACCCAGGGGUGGCCGAAUGUGCCGGCGGCGGCCAGGAGGUCUGGGAGGCGGUUUCAGCAGAUCUUCAAGUUGCAGCUGCUGCGUCGUGACCGUUGAAAAAAACUCCAAGGCUGCAGGCUCCUGAGAGUCCGUGAAGUCUCCAAAGAAUUCUGUCACGCUGCUCAUGGAGCCGGGGACGGUAGGCCGUGCCAAAAGAGCACACACAUUUGGAAGUGCCCGGGAAGUUGCGCCCGGACGGCAUUUCAAUCGGUUCCCGC